AAUGUUUAAACGCGUAUUAUUUAUUUAUAAGAGAAAUUAUUAUUAUUACUGUACCUCCCCUUGUUUUAGUCUAAAUGGUUUCUCCCUCCCAGAAGGCUUUAGUAACUUGGAACAUGGCGGCUGCAGGGAGGCGAGGAGGGCAUUACAUCCAGAAAAACAGCCGCUUUCUGUUCAGUAACCUUGAACAGUUGUGGGGUCACAGGAGUUUUGGUUGGACUCCAGCUCUGCGACAACAAGCCGCAGAAUCUCAUCAAGAAUCCACAGAGACUAUUGUCAUCCCCAGGAAGAAAACAUGGAGCAAGGAGGCGGUGCUGGAGGCUCUGGCUGCCACUGUCAGCAGGGAUCCUACAGCGUACCCCUACCAGUUCCAGGAUGAUCCGUACCUCUCUCCCAAGACCUCCACUGAGUUUAAGCUGUACAGUCUCUCUCAGGAGUCAGGUAGAGCUGCAGCCAAAUACUUUGUCAACAGCAACCCCAAAUUCUUCACUAAAGACUUUGCUGAACCACAUAUACCAUGUCUGAUGCCAGAGACGGUGUUGCCGCUUCUCAACGAGGUGAGCGAGGAGGCACUGAAGGAACGAAUCAGCUUGAGGAAAGUUGCAGCUGCGGUCGACAUGUACGAUCAACUGCUGCAAGCUGGCACAGCCGUUUCCAUGGAAACAUCCCAUGACCUGCUGGACCUGAUCUGUUUCUUUGGUGAUAAAAACCCCGUCCAGGAUGGGGAACCACAGACAGAGGACUCGGAGGAGUCAGGAGAGGAAGUGAAGAGGAGGAAAGGGAGGGGUCGUCGGGCGGCGGACUUGCUGAGGUCCACCUGGAGAGAAAACAACAACGCGGAGAGAAUCUUCAACCUGCUGCCGGAGAAAGACGAGAGAUGUUACUCUGCUAUGAUCAGAGGCAUGGUGAAGCACGGAGCCCAUAUGAAGGCCUUCAGCAUAUACACAGACCUGCUUAACAACAGACUGACAGCCGACGUCCACACCUUCAAUGCUCUCUUCUCAGCCGCUCCGGAAGUCCGAGACACAUACAAAGAGAGAUGGGACCUCAUGACCGAGCUGUUCACCCAGAUGAAUCAACAGAAAGUCCAGCCCAACCUGCUCACCUUUAAUAAUCUUCUGAAAGGCCUGAAACGCUGCGGUCCUAUGGGCAAAACACUGGCUCUACACACUCUGAAUGAGAUGAGGGCUCUGGGGAUAACUCCCAGCCUGGCCUCCUACAACCACAUCCUGGGGGUCUUUUUCAAAUCAGCCUCCGCAGGUCAGAGCAACGUUGACAUUUUACAGGAAAUGAUGUCAGAGCUGGCAGGAAGCAGCUUCACCUGCCAGGACCCUGAAGACGUUCUGUUCUUCUGUAGUGCGAUGAAAAUAUGUCUGGACAGCAAAGAUCUAGAGUUGGGUUAUAAAAUCCAGAGUCUGGUGGAAGUUGGGGAGAACUGGAGGAUGCUGGGAGAUUCCUUCUACCACAGUAUUUACUACGGUCGCUUCUUUAACCUGUUGUGUAUGAUGGAGCACAUUGACGUGGUGUGGAAGUGGUACAGGAAGCUCAUUCCCUCGCUGUACUACCCCAACCCUCAGGGAGUGAAAGACCUGCUGCGAGCUCUGGACACUGACAGUCGCCUUGACUUGCUGCCUAUUGUUUGGAAAGACAUUAAGUCCCUGGGUCAUGAUAACAAGCCAGAUCUGGUGGAGGAGCUGCUCUCCCUGAUGGACAGAGAGAAACACAGUCCUGAGAUCCAGGACUCUUUUGCAACAUGUGCUCUAGAUAUAAAGAGCACGUACGAAGGCAACAGAACGAGGCUCGGUCUGGAAUGGAGCGCCUCCUCCCUCUCACACAUCACCUCCCUGCUGCUGAGAGCCAACAAGACCCAAGAGGCCUGGAAGAUGAUGCAGCUCUUCAAAGAAAAUAACAGAGUUCCUUUUGACAAGCUGAUGGAGGACUUCCUGUCAGCGUGUCGCAGCGAUGGCUCUCCCCAGAGAGCCGUGGAGGUGGUCCAGCUGUCCGCUGCCUUCUGUCUGCGGGCGACACCGAGACUGGCGCAGCAAACGCUGGCUGAGUUUGAUCUGACCGAGGAGCAAAGAGCCAUCUUAUCUGAGCUGGAGUCUGCAGCAGAACCCGCUGAAUGAACCACAAACUGGGACCACCAUCACAACAAGAUCUCUCUUAACUUAAUAUAAUAAAACGUCUGUGGAGAGUGUACCCGUUUCUAUAUCUGUGUAAUAAACUAUAUGUGACAAACACAA